UUUAUUGUUAAAGAGUUAGAUCCAGUACCUUUAUUCUUACUAUUAGAGUUAGAUCCACUCCUCUCUUCACAUUUAUUGUUAGAAUUAGAUUCACUCUCUUCACUUCUAUUGUUAGAGUUAGAAUUAGAUUCUCUUUAUUCUUACAGUUAGAAUAAGAUACACUCUUUUCACUCUUACUGUAAAAAGAGUUAGAUUCACACUCUUCACUCUCAUUGCUAGAUACGCUCUUUUCACCACUUCCUGUUAAAGAUUUACUAUUAGAUCCACCAUCUUCCAUCUCACUGUUAGAAUUAGAGUUAGAUUUAUUCUCUUAACUCCUUGUUAGAGUCAGAUUCUUCACUCUUAAAUCGGCCUGACAUCGAGAUGCCACUGAAAACUAAAACCAGAUCGGUUACUGCCCCGCCUCCAGUACCAUCCGCUAAAGCUACAUCAAAGAAGUCUAAGAAGGAUGAUGACGAUGGAACUGAUUUGGGAGAUGGAGAUGACUGGACUUUGGGGAAAUCACUCAUCAAACCUCCUGAUCAGCUGGAUCUUACUGAACAAGAAUUAAAGGAAGAAAUUACUCGUGUUCUUACAGCUGAUAACCCCCAUGCUCCUCAAAACAUUGUGAGAUUCAGCUUUAAAGAGAAGUCUGGGAACUAUAGACCUCCUUUCCCAUUCCAUUAUACAGAGAGUGAUGCUGAAGAUAUUAGUGCACCUCUUCCAACUGAAAGCGCAGAGAAAAUGGAUACAGAAGAGGAAGAACUCCCAGAUGCAAAGGGAGCUGAAGAGGAAGAAGAGAAGGAAGUAGUAAGACCACGACAGGAAAGAAAGAUUCCCAAUCAGUUCAACUUCAGUGAAAGAGCUUCUCAGACUUUCAACAACCCUAUGAGGGAAAAUGGAUGCCAGACAGAACCACCUCCUAGAGCAAGUUUCUCUUCCACAGCAAAUCAGUGGGAAAUAUUUGAUGCCUAUGAGGAAGUAUUAGCAAAACAAGCUGUGAAGAAAGAGAAGCCAAAGCCACAUACUACAAAAAAAGAUGAUGUAUCAAAGAAAAAAAUUUCAUCUAUUGAAAGCAUGAGUGAUGAUAUUUCAAGAGUUGGUAAAGUUGCCAAAAUAGUGGAACGGAUGGUGAACCAGAACUCUUUUGAUGACAUUCUGCAAGACUUUAAGUAUUUUGAAGAUCCUUCUGAUGAAUUCCGGGAUCAAGAAGGCACUCUUCUACCUCUGUGGAAAUACUUUUAUGAGAAAGCUAAAAGAUUGGCAAUUACUAGCAUGUGUUGGAAUCCAAAAUAUCAUGACCUUUUUGCAGUUGGACAUGGUUCCUAUGAUUUUAUGAAACAGAACCGUGGCAUGCUACUCGUUUACUCGCUGAAAAAUCCUACCUACCCUGAAUACCAAUACAGUUCGGAUAGCAGCAUCUUGUGCUUGGACUUCCACUACAUGUAUCCUCAUCUGAUAGCUGUUGGCUUUUAUGAUGGUUGUGUUGCUGUCUAUAACAUCAUGGAACAUGUUGCAGGGCCAACUUACAAGAGUUCACCGAAAUCUGGCAAGCACACUGAUCCUGUUUGGCAGGUGAAGUGGCAAAAAGAUGACCUGGACAACAAUAUCAACUUCUGUUCUGUCUCAUCAGAUGGACGGGUUGUUUCUUGGGCUUUAAUUAAGGAUGAAAUUGUUCAUACAGAUAUUAUCAAACUGACAAUGGAUGGAAUUUGCAAGGAUGCACUGGAAAAUUUGCAACUGCAAAUUAUGGGAUGUGGAACUUCCUUUGACUUCCAUAAACAGAAGGAAAACUUGUUUCUAGUGGGCACAGAAGAAGGAAAAAUACACAAGUGCUCCAAGGCUUAUUCAAGUGAGUUUUUGGACACGUAUGAAGCCCAUCAUAUGGCAGUGGAUGCUUUACACUGGAAUACAUUCCAUCCAGAUAUUUUCAUUUCCUGUAGUUCUGAUUGGACAGUGAAGAUUUGGGAUCACAAUUUAAACAUAACUAGGGACGGCAAGGUUCAAGUUUUUGACUUGAAUGUUAAUAAAUAUGAACCGAUCUGCGAGCAAGCUAUUGUGAGCAAGAAACGAAAUAAACUCACACAUAUUGCAUUCAAUCCAACCUACCCUAUUAUAAUGGUAGGAGAUGAACGUGGUGGUGUAUCAAUCUUAAAACUCUCUCCAAACCUUCGCAAACAACCUAAGGCAAAGAAAGGCCAAGAAGUACAAAAAGGGCCUGAAGUGGAAGUCGCUAAAAUGGACAAGCUACUGAGUCUGGUUAGAGACCCAGACAUGAAGCAGAACUAAGUUUACCCCUUCUGUGAAACUAUUUAAUCAACAUGUCCAAAUGUAUCAGCACUCACGUGGAUCAUAUAGAUGCACAUGUAUGCCUCUGUCAGCCACAUUCAGAAAUGAGGUACUAGCUAACUUUUAUGGAAUCAUAUUUAAAAACUUAUUGUAACAUCCUCGUAGAACACAAUGGUUUCACAUUCAGCAUACUCAGCAAUAUAUCACAUUUACAACUUUUUUUCUACUGUUUACUGAUAGUUUCGAUAAUCUGUAAAAACAAAGAUUUAUUAAACUGGUACCUACGUUUCUUCUGGUGCAUCUUACAAGUAAAGUAUGUUAUUUGGUUGUGGAUAAAAGUAUACUUCAUAUCUGAAAAAUAUUUUUCCAACUGUAUAAGAAUUCUGUUAUUAAGCUAAUUAAAACAUCAGCAUGUUAAUACUGGUUUACUGAAGAAACUAAAGCUUUUCACUCUGCGUCACAAUGUCCUUUAGGAUAUGCAGCUGUUUUUAACUAAAGAUGUUCAUGACGCAAAAUAGCUAACUGUCACAUAAUACUGAAAAUCCUCCCCAACACCCAUAUUCUAUAGACUAUAGUUACA